AUGGAUGUUUGUCACAGUGACAGUGAGGUUACAGUGAAGCUGAUGAAAGAUGAUGCUGUCCAUGGCUGGCUGGAUGCAGUGAUUGGAGGCCCCCCUCGAACCAUAUAUGUACAUGUAUACUUGCUCUGCACAAGACAUUUAUCAACAUCAAAUGAGACAUCAACAUUGACUGCCAAGACCACAUCUGUCGACAUCUUGCAUUAUAUCCGAACUGUUUUGACGUCCAGCAACAUUGAGCCCGUUGCACUGCCACAGUUCGCUGCAAGUGUGGAGAGGCAGCCGCUAAUCGCAGCGCCAAACGGCCUCGCCACGAUGCAGCUACAGGCAGCUCUAGCGCCCUGUGGCCCGCCAAGCCGGACUCCGAAUGGCGGUGCGCAGUUGGCGGGCCACAGGCUGACCGCAGGGCUCAAGAGUCUUGGCUGGGUGAUUGAUUACAUACACUCGCGGCGACCAAUUGAUGACUGGACUGGACUGUCGAUUAUUAGUUCUACCUACCAGACAUCUCUUUGUUCCCUUCAACAGCCAGACAAGACAGACAGACAUCGCCACCAGCUGCUCCGGGCAGCGCUGUCGCAUCUCGUCUUUUAUUUUCUUCUUCUUUCUCUUCCGCUCCUCUCCCCUCCUGCUCUUCCACCUACCUAUUCGCUCUCGAUCGAACCCACAGCCAUGUCCCAAUACCCUGGCCAAGGCUACCACGGCGCUGGCCAGCACGGAGGAGGCUACGGAUACGAUAACAACAACUAUCCUCCUCCCAACGGCCCGCCUCAAGGAUACGGGGGAGGCUAUGGCGGCGGCGGCGGCGGCGGCGGCGGUUACGGCCACGGCCCACCCGGAGGAUACAACUCCCCUCCUCCGCCUCAACCUCAAUACGGCGCUCCUCCGGGCGGUUACGGAUCUCCAGCUCCUCCCCACGGAGGUUAUGGCCCUCCCCAGCCUCAGUACGGUGGUCCUCCUUCUCAUGGCGGCUACGGCUCUCAUCAACCCCCGCCCCAGCAUGGAGGAUACGGACCGCCUCAGCCUCAAUACGGUGGCCCUCCCCCGAGCCACUACGCACCUCCUGCAAACCACCCUCCCCCAGGUCUAGAUGCCUACGGCUAUCCUCUCAACCCUCCGACUGCCAUGCACGCAAAGGCCGGCCCGCCGCCUCCCUCGGCCCCCCAGCAGUUUGGUCACGGUGCUCCGAGCGGCUACACCUUCCAGUACUCCAACUGCACGGGAAAGCGAAAGGCACUCUUGAUUGGAAUCAACUAUUUCGGCACAAAGGCCGAGCUCAAGGGAUGCAUCAACGAUGUCCACAACGUCUCGGCAUUCUUGGUGGAGCGAUAUGGCUAUAAGCGCGAGGACAUGGUCAUUCUGACAGACGACCAAAGCAACCCUGUCAUGCGCCCAACCAAGGCCAACAUCAUCCGUGCCAUGGGCUGGCUUGUCAAUGGCGCCCAGCCCAACGAUGCCCUGUUCCUUCACUAUUCUGGACACGGCGGCCAAACCGAGGACAAGGACGGCGACGAAGACGACGGCUACGACGAAGUUAUAUACCCCGUUGACUUUGAGCAGGCUGGACACAUUGUCGAUGAUGAGAUCCAUUUCCAUGUUGUCAAGCCCCUGCAGCAGGGAGUGCGCCUAACAGCCAUUUUCGACUCAUGUCACUCGGCAACCGUCAUGGAUUUGCCCUAUGUCUACUCCACCAAGGGUGUCCUCAAGGAGCCCAACUUGGCCAAGGAAGCUGGCCAGGGUCUCUUGGGCGCCAUCUCCUCCUACGCCUCGGGUGACAUGGCCGGCGUUGCGAGCAGCAUCAUGGGCUUCGCUAAGCAGGCAUUCAGCGGCGACGGGGCUUACAAGAAGACUGUGGCCACACGCACAUCAGCAGCAGACGUCAUCAUGUGGUCCGGCAGCAAAGAUGACCAAACUUCUGCCGACGCCACGAUUGGAACGCAAGCUACUGGUGCCAUGUCGUGGGCUUUCAUUUCCGCUCUCAAGAAGAAUCCCAAGCAGAGCUACGUCGAGCUGCUCAACAGUAUCCGAGAAGUCCUCGAGACUAAGUAUACUCAGAAGCCACAGCUGUCUUGCAGUCACCCUCUAGAUACCAAUAUUCUGUUUGUCAUGUAA